UUUAUAAAGUUUUUUCCUUUACAUCACAACAAGUUUACAAUCAUAAGCUGUCCUUUUUUUCUCUCUCUCUCUACUUUCUCUCUCCUCUUUAGUUCUUGUUUUUGUUUCAGUUGAAUGCUUUUGACUCCAAAGUUGAAGAGAUUCCUCAGAUCUACAAGGAAAAAACUUUUGUACAUUGUCAACAUCAACAACUAUUCAUCUUUCUAUGUCUUUUUUGUGUCACUUGUUUUAAUUCUGUUAAUUAUUAAAGGUUGAGGCUUUUCAACAAUUCAUUCUCAUCAUUUACAAUUACAUGUGAUUUUGGACUAAAAAUUCUCGAGAUGCAAAAGUGCUCUGGAAUUGAAUUGAAGUUGAGAUCAAAAGUGAUAUGUUGAAAAAGGAAAUUUUGAUGUAAUAUAUAUUAGUUUCAAUGGUUUGUGAAAUGGAAAGUGAUUGUAUUGAAGACAUGAUGGACAUUGAAAUCUUAUCUUCAAUGUGGCCAGAUGAUGUUGGAACUGAUGUUGGAAAACAAUUCAACAUAGAAAAACCAGGAAGGGAUCAAGAUAUGUUAAAAGAAGUAACAAUCUUAGAAGAACCAACUAUAGCUGAUUUUCAAAGACUAAUGGAGCUUACGAAUUAUACUGAUAAAGGGUCGUCUCAGUUAGCCUAUUUAAUGAAACAUUGGGAGUAUAAGCAGGCGAACGCUGUUCGCCUGCUUAGAGAAGAACUUGACAACCUUAGCAAACAAAGGAAGGAAGUCGAGCUAAGAAAAUUGGAGAUACUUAAAGACAGUAAUCGAUUCGAGGAAGAAAGUUACGGGGGAGACAAACGACCAGUUUCAAUAUUAGACGAUGUUUAUUAUACAUGGCAAGAUCUACCUGUUGCGAUAAGGAAAAGCGACAUUGUUGUUCAAAGCAAGAGGAUUGAGAUUGAGGCUGAGUAUGAUACUGUUAUUUAUUGGAAACAGCAGGCAGUUGAUUUGGAAAGACGGUUGGAGGCGAGUAUACGGAGAGAGCAGACAUUAAUGGAGAAAUUGCAAGAAAGUAUUGAGACUAUUGAAAGACAGUCUUCACCUGUUGAAGAACUUUCACAGAUUCUUAAGAGAGCAGAUAAUUUCUUACAUUUCAUACUUCAAAAUGCACCUGUUGUAAUUGGCCAUCAGGACAAAGAGUUGCGGUAUCGAUUUAUCUAUAAUCAUUUUCCAAGUUUACAAGAGGAGGACAUCAUAGGAAAAACCGAUGUCGAAAUUUUCACAGGAUCAGGUGUUAAGGAAUCUCAAGAUUUCAAGAGAGAAGUGAUGGAGAAAGGAUUGCCUGCAAAAAAGGAAAUAACUUUUGAGACAGAAUUGUUUGGAUCAAAGACAUUUUUGAUAUAUGUAGAACCUGUGUUUAGUAAGGCAGGAGAAACAAUUGGAGUAAACUAUAUGGGAAUGGAAAUAACCGAUCAGGUGAGAAAAAGAGAAAAAAUGGCAAAGCUAAGGGAAGAAAUUGCAGUUCAGAAAGCCAAGGAAACAGAACUUAAUAAAACGAUUCACAUUACAGAGGAGACUAUGAGAGCAAAACAAAUGCUGGCAACAAUGUCUCAUGAGAUAAGAUCUCCACUUUCUGGUGUUGUUAGCAUGGCUGAAAUUCUUACUACAACAAAACUUGAUAAGGAACAAAGACAGCUCUUGGAUGUCAUGAUAUCUUCAGGAGAUUUGGUUCUUCAACUUAUAAACGACAUACUUGAUCUUUCCAAGGUUGAAUCAGGAGCUAUGAAAUUGGAAGCUACCAAAUUCCGGCCAAGAGAGGUAGUAAGGCAUGUACUCCAGACAGCUGCAGCAUCAUUGCAGAAGAUGUUAACCUUGGAAGGAAAUGUAGCAGAUGAUAUACCUAUUGAGGUCACUGGAGAUGUUUUAAGGAUUCGACAGAUACUCACAAAUUUAAUCAGCAAUGCUGUCAAGUUUACACAUCAAGGCAAAGUUGGUAUAAACCUUUAUGUUGUUCCAGAGCCACAAUUUGCCAAAGAAGAAGAAUGCCACCAAAAGGUGACAGAAGACCAGUCAACUAUUUCAGCAAAUGGAUUGAAGGAGGAGAAACAUAUAUCAUCACCAAGAAGUAGAUGUGAUCAAAAUCUUAUUGAUGACAAGAAACAACACGAUGACCAUCCAAUCCAAAAUCAUGCACUUAGCAAUGAAUGUAGAUCUUCAUUUAACAGUGAAUGCUCGAUGAAUGAUGAUGAUGUUACUGAUGAACAAACUCAUUCAACUGAAACAACAGUGUGGAUACGUUGUGAUGUAUAUGACACAGGAAUUGGCAUACCAGAAAAGGCUAUACCUACUUUAUUUAGAAGGUACAUGCAAGUCAGUGCAGAUCAUGCUAGAAAAUAUGGAGGCACAGGCCUAGGACUAGCAAUAUGUAAACAACUGGUUGAGUUAAUGGGAGGUCGUCUAACAGUGACUAGCAAAGAAAAUUGUGGUUCUACCUUCACAUUCAUACUACCAUACAAAGUUUCAACAGCUUGUGAUAAUUCAGAUGACCCAGAUGAGCUUUCAUAUGUUAAUGAUAAUGAAGACGACACAACUGAGGGAUUCUUCCAAUUCCAACCGCGAACAUUAGGCUCUCUUUUCACUUCUAAUGGAUCCACUAGGCCACAAAAUAUAUUACCUGGCUACCGAAUCGCACACAAGUUCAAUGGCUUUCCAGACAAUCCUUACUCAAACCUCUCAAGUAACAUCAUUUCAAAUGGGACAAAUUCCCUUGAGGAUGCAUCUUCAGUUAUUGUCGAUGCUUUGGAUAUGCCUGAAUCAACAAGUUCCUCAAGUUGCAGCCCAGAAACAAAGCAUGAAAGUUUAGUUAAUGGAAACAAAGAGAACCGUGAUUUUAAGGCACAUGCUAUGUUGCAAAAUUGUAGUGCAAAUGGAAACUCUAGUCAAUAUAAGGAGGAAAGUAGAGAAAUGAAUUUAGCAAGAACUUCAAGCGAGCCGCAGCAAACAUGUCAGGGUCAAGGGAAGGAAGAAAGUACUUCACAAUGUGUUAUUAGCAGUAGUUGCAGUACUAGUAGUACUAUCACAUCAUCAUCAUCAGAAGUAACCGAAUCCACAUUAAAGCCGAAUAUUCUUCUUGUUGAAGAUAACAAGAUUAAUAUCAUGGUGACAAAGUCAAUGAUGAAGCAGCUAGGAUAUAGCAUGGAUGUGGUGAAUAACGGAGUUGAAGCCAUACGUGCGGUUCAAAACCAUUCUUAUGACAUUAUUUUGAUGGAUGUUUUCAUGCCAGUUAUGAAUGGUCUUCAAACAACAAAACUGAUUAGGUGUUAUGAGGAAACAGGCAGUUGGGAUGCUGCAAAAGAAGCUGGAAUUGAACAAAGUUUAUUGGCUUCGGACGAAUGUUCUAUACCACCUAAAAAGCGGAUCCACAUUGUCGCGAUGACAGCAAACACAAUGUCAGAGAGUGCUGAAGAAUGUUUUGCCAAUGGUAUGGACUCAUUUGUGUCAAAACCUGUGAGUUUCCAAAAAUUGAGAGACUGUGUUGAACAAUACCUAAAGUAAUAAUACACUUGUAAUUUCUUCUUGUGUAUAAGAAUAAGAAUUUAGGAAAGUUUUGUAAUGAAGAGAGUCUGCAUAGUAGUUAUUAAGUUAGGAGCUUAGGACAUGUUGGAGCAUUAAUGUACAUGUAUUUCCUUAUAUGUAUUCUGAGUUUCUUA